AUGUCACCCUGGGGAGCAGAGGGGACAGGUGUCUCUCACCCAGUGCAGACCCUGCCCACUCGCACACUUCCUGUCCUGAUCUUUUCGGCACAGAAGCUGGAGCAAGAACGUGAGAAUGUGGAAGGGGAUUCUGCGGACCCUCACUUUGCGCCAGGAAGCGAGGACGGGCCGGAUGCGGCCGCGCUGAGUGCUCUGAGGAGGAGGAAAGACCUUCUGCAGAGACUCCGGGCACAGCACCUCCUGGAGGAGGUCUCCCAGGCCCAAGCCCGGACCGGGGUGAACAGAGGAGGGGCCUGGGGGUCGGCGCUGCCCCCGGAGGUGCCCCCAGCGGGCAUCUACCCUGCCAUCUCCCCACCCCCGCCAGCCCUGGAGCCACCACGGAUUAUCCAACACUUGGCCCCCCAGCCUCCUGCCACCAUCAUCCACCAGCUACCUCAGCAGCCCCUCGUCGCACAGAUCCCCCCUCUCCAGGCCUUCCCCACUCAAAGGUCAGGAAGUAUUAAGGAAGACAUGGUGGAGAUGAUGCUGAUGCAGAACGCACAGAUGCACCAGAUCAUCAUGCAAAACCUGAUGCUCAAAGCCCUGCCCUCCGGGGGGUCCCAGGCGGCCCCUCUGCAUCCUGCCCCACAGCCCCGCUGCAGGCCUCCCCGGCAGGUCACUCCGUGUGGCCCUCGGUGGUCUCAGCCACGGCCCUCCCACCGGCGGCGGGUUUCCUGCACCACAUGGCGGGCCCCUCCUUGGCAACCCUUAGUGGGGUGGCAUCUGAUGGCAUCCUGCCCACGCAGCCUCCGGGCCUGUGAGCCUCCACAGGUGGGCUCCGGUGUUUCCAUCUGCCCUUGUGGGAUGACCUCUCUUUUCCCCAAGUUCUGUGCCGGCGAGAGCGUUGUCCUCUCUGCCUCCUCGGACCCUGCAGGCUCGUGGGAUGUCGGCUCGGGGACGCGGCCGCCUGCACCGGGCGGCGCUCACGGGCCUCCAGGGCGGGAGCACCUCCUUCCCUUGUGAGAGGCGAUUAAAGGUCUGACUCCAUUUCUGAUUUUCAUGUUGA